UAUUAUAUAAUGGGCCUUACUUAUCGCACUUGACACUAGAGCUUGAUCGGACCAUUGGAGGCAAAUCGCCGUAUAACGUGUAAUGCCUAGGAAUGUUCGUCUAGAACGUGGUUCCAAUUGGUUUAACGCUCCUCGUGUUUCAGUCGUGAGAAUGCACCCCUGUCUUCAAUGCUCGAAUCGCCCUGCCCAACUGUGCAACACCCGCUGAUUGCUGUGGGCGCCUUUGAAGUGAAUAUAUAUCUUUUGGCCACGACAGUGCCGCAGCAGCUCCGCUCCUUGCUCUAUCGCUCGCCUUGUCAUGUUAACUCAGUCACAAAAUGUGGCUCUCUCGCCACUCGACUUCUCCAACUACCAAAAUGCGCUCCUCAGCGUUCUGUGGAACGAGCUCAUGGAGGGCGCAGUAGAGCCCAUGCAAGCGCCUGUCCCAUACCUAAUCAAUUUCGCAGAAGACUGCUUGCUAUGCGCCAUCGUGAUGUUGAGGGACAAGUACGAAGUGCAAAUAACGGGCGAUUUCACCAUUCCUUUAGAGGAAGGAGAAGAAGAAGUCCCCAAUGGAGGGGAACCGAUUGGCCUCGUGUAUGUCACCGCUGCCCCUGCGCAGAGCGCAGCACAAGAAGCAAACGUGGGGAUCAUCAUCUCUGAAAGCCAUCGACGCAAGGGAUAUGCUUGCGAAGCUGUGGAGCUUGCGCUGAAAUGGGCGUUUGAAGAUCUCAAGUUCCAUCGUAUCCAAGCGGUGCUCAUGGAUGACGCCCAGAAAGACCGCGCGAUGCGUCUUUUUGUGGGGCAGGGAUUUAGACACGAAGGUACCCGACGACGGUCGGUGUUGAAGCCUGAGAGACGGGGCGUGGUUGGCGUGUGGAAGGACGUCACGUACCUCGCGAUGCUUGAUACGGAGUGGGCGCUUAGGAAUAUGUUGAAGCACAGGGACCUGGUGCCGACGCUGUGGGAUGAGAUGUUCGCGCGACACGCGACGGAGAGAGAGGAGAUGGUGAAAUGGGAUGAGAAGCAUAAUAGGGUCAGGAAGGUGUCGAGCACGGAAACUCUGCGCGAUGGGAACGCGCCGCGCCUACCUGAUUGCACGAUCAUCGACCCGUGGGCUUCUGAUAUGUCGUCUUCCUCAUCUUCAUGCGAUUCCUCCACUUAUGGUUCUGUGCCGCCUUCGCCCAACACCAGCGCUGUGGAUAUCUCCAAAGCUAUGCGAGGAUAUCUUGAUUUCGGGGAGAGCCGGAGGAGAUGGAGCCCGUUGCAGGAGGUGGAUGAUGCCUCGCGACGGUCUUCGCCUUCCCCGUAUAACUUUUCCAUCCCUUCGACACCGAUCCAUGAUCCGCCCCGUUCGCCUUCGGUUCCUUCGAGUGUCUUUGAGUUUGAAUCUGAUGAUGAGAGUGACGAAGCGUCUUCACCGGCGCUACGUAGAAUCCCUCUCUCAGAUGCUGGUUCCCAGCUAUCGUGGACACAGCGCCCUCUGAUCCCGAUCAGUCGAUCUGCAAGUGUUAGUGGGAGUUCUAGUGAGUCCUGGUCGGACGCGUCGGCUGGUGACGACUGCCCGGACAGUGGCAGCGAUUGGGAUAUGAUGUCUGAGCCAGAGCGGUCUUCUUGAGCGGUGCACUGCUGCAUGAUAUCUGACAUGUGGUAUUGGAGCUGAUCGCAGCCUUACGCUAGCCAAGUACCAAGUAGCAUGAUAUUUCUUCCGAGUCCGAAUAAACCUAGCACACAUGUAUUUCUCUGACAUGCGCACGCCUGACCAUUGUACUGUUAUAUUUACAAAUCGCAUCACCUAGUGUACUAUCACUUUUCUA